CAUAAGAGUCGCUGAGGACAUACUAGAACGAGUCCAUUCCGACCCAAUAUUCAUGAAACGCAUUGUUACUGGUGACGAGACGUAGGUUAAGAGUUUGACAUGAAAACUAGUCAACAAGCUUCGGAGUGGCGUCUUCCAACUGAACCGAAACCGAAAAAACCACGCCAAAGUAGUCAUGUUGACCGUUUUCUUUGACUAUCACGGAGUUGUGCACUCGGAAUUCUUGCCGAGAGGUCAAACGGUAAAUAAAAAAUAUUAUUUGAGCGUUAUGAGGCGUUUAAGAUAGCAAAUUAGAAGAAAAAGGCCAGCUUUGUGGAAAGCAAAUUCUUGGAUUUUGCACUACGAUAAUGCACCUUUGCACAGGGUCAUCAUUGGGAACGAAUUUUGACCAAAAACUCAACAAAUACCAUGGAGCAACCACCUUAUUCACGAGAUAUGGCUCCAGCCGACUUCUUUCUUUUUUCUAAACUCAAAUUGCCACUUCGUGACACAUGUUUUAGUCUGGUAGAAGACAUAAAGGAGAAUUCGCAGCGAGUACUGAACUCAAUUCCGGAAAAAGCCUUCAAAAAUAUUUUGAUGAUUGGAUUAUUCGUUGGAGAAAGUGUAUCGUUUCUGAAGGAGCAAUACUUUGAAGGUGAUAAAGUAAACUUGGAUGAAUAACUAACAUUUUGUGUAUUAUUGAUCUUUUCCCGGUACUUUCUUCACAGAGCAGUAAUACAUAACAUUACAACAUAACUACAUAUUCAUUAUCAUCAUGAUUAUUACUGCCCUCCAAAAGUCUAGUGCUCAAUAUAGGCCUCCCCAAAGCAUGGUCCUGAGCCACUUGCAUCCAUCGACUUCGUGCAAAUCUUCCCAGAUAGUCACUCCAUGUAGUGGGGGCCGUAUUAUUAAACUACAUCUAUUGUAAUUAGUCGGGAAGAAAAAUGAGAUGUGUAAUGUGAGCUUUACUUAAAAGCAUCUAUGAUCUCGGAUCGACUAUCGAAGUGGCAGUAAAUGAGGCCUACCAUUUUUAGUAAUUCCUUCACUUUAAUUUUUUGUCGUAGGUUUGUCUCUCACCUUUACACGAUAUUGUUUUAUUUGGUCGUUAUAUUGUGAAAAAUGUACCAUUUUUAAUAGGCAUAUUGCACGAUUUCAGAACAAGACUCUGCUAGCGUCGUUCUUAUUCAGCAGCGGCUCAAAUGAAAUGGUCUACAUGCAGGAUUCCGAGAUUGAUCCCAAUAGUUUCACCUGGGUUUGCUACGCUCUGCCUCGCAUUGCAGGCGCAGCGAUAAGGGUGCGUUGCGAAUUACGCGGGCCCGAAGCAGCGGUGCGCGUCCGGCAAGUGCGUGUGCUCAGUGUGCCCGUGCCUCACCCCACCAGCGCGCUGCCCUCGCACGCGCUGCAGUCUCUCGUGGAGCAGGACACGUUGCGUGUGUUCCGCUUGCUCACUUCACAGGUGUUUGGCAAACUGCUAGAGUGGGAUCACAGUGCUACUGAGUCUAAAGAAGGUGCUGUAGCAGCGGAGGAUACGAUUGCAGACGACAGCGACUUGCGUGAGCACGUCGUCGGCAUACUCUUUGCUGGACAUAAACUCACCUCGCUACAGAGACAGGUGAUGACGCACAUCGUGUGCGCGAUCCGUUGUGAAGCGACUCGCGUACGCGAUGACUGGGAAACGGCGUUUCUAUGCGCGGACGCGGCCGAGAAAACUGAACGGUCUGAGCAAACAGAGCGAACUGAGCGAGCUGAGCAAACUGAGCAACCUGAGCAACCUGAACAGGCUGAGCAGGCUGAGCGAUUUGAAGGAUCGCUACUUCCCCCUCCACCGCAGGAUAACUAUUGCUUUGAGAUGCUUUCACUGUUACUGGCUCUAAGCGGGAGCGCGGUCGGUCGAGCGCAUCUAGCACAGAGCAUCGAACUGCUGACCAAUUUGCUUUCUCUGCUUCAUACUGGUAGUGAACGUGUUCAAAGACAGGUGAUAUCGCUGUUGCGCCGUAUGAUUACCGAAAUUUCACCGCAGAGAGUUUCAAUGGCUAUUAACCUUGGAGUCGAUUUAGAAAAUAGGGUGUCCUUCCUCGACCAUAUCGUAUGCUACUUGGCCAAAGCCAUAACGGUGCAAGUGAAGGUUAAGGGCUCUGGCGCCCCGGCACCGGGCAUGGUGACGAUGGGCAACAGUAUAAUCCCAGUUACGCCAGCCACUUGGUUCAUGAGGGGCAGCACCACUAAGAAACACGCUCAUCUAGUCUCUAAACUACUUCUGGAUAUGGCUGAGGACAAAGUGUCGAUGUCGUGGGGAGAGGAGACGCGCAAAGCGUUGGCCACGUACGCGUCGAGCGUGGCGCAGGUGAGCGAGGCGGAGCGGCGGCCCGACCGCUGCAUCGCCUCGCCCACCAUGUGGCUGGCCCUGGCCGCGCUCUGUGUCUGCGAACAAUCCUACAUCGAUGUUUUGAAGAGCGCGUCUGCUAGCGACGUACGCAGCGAGGCAGAGUCUCGUCCGCUGUGUGUGAACCACGACGACGGCAGCACAGCGGCCGUGGUGCAGUGCCACGCGUGCGGCGCGCUGUGCGGCGAGUGCGAUCGCUUCCUGCACCUCAACCGCGCCGCCAGGACCCACUACCGCCAGGUCACAUUCAUACUAUUCAAUACUUUUAAACUUUAAAAAGUCAUCCAUAUUUUAUAUUUAAGUUGAAAUAUACAUAUUUGUAUAUUUGAACUUAAAUAUAAAAUAAUUAUAUAAAUAUUACUAUACACUUUGGCGGGGUCUACAAAUUUGUCACGGGGGAGUUUUGGCGGGAACUUGAACGGUGGAGGAUUGCUGCUCUUGUAUUAUUGUUUAAAUAAUAGUUUGAAGUGUAUUUUGAUAUGUGUAAGAGCGGUGCGAUGUUAUGUAUUAAGUGUCUUCGCGUAUGAGCUAUUAGUGGAGACGGUGAAACAAGUGCUCUGAUGGUGAUGUGAUUCUCAAGAUAAGGUGUGUGUAUUUAUAGGCGCCUUGAGAUACCAUCGCCAACUGUCAGCUGUCUGCUGGAUCAAGUUGCCGUCAAAAUCUCCCAAGGGCUGCACAAUGUAACGCUUCAACAUAUUGUGAAGCAGUGUACUAUGAAAGAUAGUCAUACAUUGUAACUUCAGGCUCAGAAGCGCUAGAACCCAGAGCCAUAAAGCCAGUUAUAAAAAAUUGUCACGUGGGAGACCGAUAUGGACCAGCAGGGCUUGACAGAUUAAGAUGUUAAGUCUCGUGGUGUCACAGUAACUUUGACUUUUAGUGAUAGAGACAGCACGAGACUAAACGGCGUCUUAUAAUUGAACAGCGUUUGAGAAUUUGGGCACGAGUGGGUCCGAGGACAGUUGAGAUUCACAAUUGCACCCAGUAGGUGGCGCUGUUGUCGAGAUCCAGAAAUAGCCCGUGCGAAACCGUGGCGAAUUGCUAGUUUUUUAUAAAUUACAAAUUACAAAUAACGGUGUAGUGGCGAUGUAAGAAUAUCCACUACCUAAUAUAUUCCGUGGGUUUUAUAAGAGGCGAUAGAGGAAAACAAACCAAGAAAUGAGCAGCAACGUCUUCCUAAUAACAGCUAAAAAUAAAAAAAAACUGCGGUUGCCAACCCGCCUGCCGAGCGUGGCAGCUAUGGCAAAUAUUCCACACGAGGCAAUCUAUGUUCAGCAUUAGUCUUUUAAUAGGCUGUAACAGUAAAUAAGGGUUUAAAAUAAAAGAAAAUACUAAUGGCCAAAUACUCAAACGCUACUCAAUUUUAAGAGGUCGUCGCAGGCACUUUAACUUAAAGUGAUAGAGACAGCAUGAGACUUAAAGGCCUUUUAAAAUUAAAGUUAAGUUGUUACUAAUGAAGUCCCUUAGCCGUGGUGCCACAUUCGUUGCGAACAUUUUAGUUCGCAUUAUUUCCACGGAACUACUUUAUUAAAACUAAGACUUACUUUAUCAAACAACAUAUGAGGUCAGGGAAAAUGUUUCUUCGUAUUUUUAUAUGAAAAUUCAAGACAUGUUUUUCAAAGCUUUAAUUAUAAUAUAUAUGUAUGUGCCAUUUUGUUGGAUAACUUGUUGCCAUCUUGUUUAUAGUAACAUAAUCCCGUUGCUGUUGUAAUUUUGAGAUUUUUGAUUAAUAAAAUGCGACAAGUAGUUUUGACAGACUUUCCUUGAUGUUAAACUAACACUAUCCAAAGAAUUCUGAAAAGAUCGAAACAGGUGAAAAUCUGAGGGUUCAUGGUCAGGACUAUAUGGUGGAUGCAUUAACACUUCCCAACCAAGCCAAGUGUGGCCUAGCCUUAACACUAUGAAUACCAUUCCUUUUCUGUUGAUCGAUUUCGGCAAUUUUUUCGUAAUUUCGUGCUUGAGUCUCAUUAAUUGUUGGCAGUAGAGAUCCGAAUCGAUGUUUUUGCCUGGCGGUAAAUGUUCACAAUAAACGAUGUCCUUGUAAUCCCACCAUAUACACAGCGUUACCUUAUUACGAGUUAAUCCGAAAUUCGCUGCAGUCUGUGGAGCUUGACUACCCUUUGAUCAUGAUCUUAUUCGCACGUUGUUGUCGUAGGUGAUCCACUUUUCAUCUAACUAAUAUGCCGGUAACUACUAAUAUGCCUAUCUUGCUACACUUUUUCAAAAAUGGUAUCGAUUUUAUCCGUAGUAGGGUGAUCAAAACGAGCUGCAUCUUUGACAUCCAAAUUCCCGGACUGAAAAUGCUUGAACCAAUUUUGUGCUACUCUUACUGACACUGCAUUGGGUCCAUAAACGUCCUAAAAACAAACAGGCAAACAAUUGAAAAUGGCGGGAAUGUGUUUUUUACCUUUUAUUUUUCUUAUAAUUAAUGUCCUACACGUAUUGAUAUUAAAAGCAGCCAGAUACAAACAGUACAACGAAAGAGAUUUUUCUUCAAUUUUAUACAAAAAUAUGCGGACAACAACACAACACAAAACACGGAAAAUUUCAGUUACUUCUAACAACAGUUAUAUCAUGUGCAUCAAUUUAUUUAAUAAAAUUCCCAGUAUUUUUAUAGAAUAAUGGUGACAAACGAGCACACAGUCUAACUGGUGGUAAGUAGAUGCUGAGGCCCACAGACAUUUACAAUUCUCCUCGAUUCAGAUUCAAAAUUCUGGUGCGUAGUCACCCCCGAGGACCAAGAUGGAAUGCCUCAUUUCCAGUAAAAAGGGGCUCCGGUUCUCUACACUCACCAUACGAAACACAGCAGCAUUUUAAGCUGGUAUUCUACGAGAGCAUGAUCCUUUCGGUCGACUCAACCAAUUUUGAUCCAAAUACUACGUUGUCUUGAAACUGACAUUAUCUCCUACAUUUAAGUGUCUGAUGCGCCGGACGGUCUAAAAACUUAUACUAUUGUUUAAUGAACUUAGCCUAGAUGGAAAAUCUUACCAUGAACAUUCAACUGAUUUGUCUUUGAUACGCGAUUCCUUAUUUGCUACGCAUUAUCUCUUCAAAUAACUGAUGAUUAAUUUCAUAUUUAUUUAUAUAGAUAUCGUUGUGUUUAAUCCUAUGAGUUAUACCUACCAAAUACACAAACGAAAAAAAGAAACUUAAAUAUUAACAUCGAUAACUGUAUUUAAGUUUAUAGAGCCUAAUAAUGUUAGUUAAUCUAUAUAAUUAAAGU